AUGGAGCCUUUGUGUGCCACACGAGUCAUUGAAAACCAGAUAAGCCUGACCAACCUGACACUGGAGGACAUAAAGAACCCUCGAGAGCUGAAGAACCUGACCAUUUCUAAGACUCAGUUGCAGUUCAUUGCGGCCGAUGCAUUCCAAACCAGCCGAAACCUGAUCUACCUGAACCUGGCCUCCAACCGGCUGCAGCACCUGCCCUGGACCAUCUUCCGCCCCCUCCGUCUCCAGGAGCUGGUCCUGGUGGGGAACCCGCUCCAGUGCGGCUGCGGGCUGCGGUGGCUGCAGGUGUGGCAGGCGACCCGGCAGGCAGAGCUGGGCAACCAGUCCCUGACUUGUGUGGAAGGCGAGGCGGAAACCCCCUUGGCCAGCAUGGUCCUCGAGGGCUGCGACGUCCCCAGGGUCUGGAUCGACUACAGCAACGCCUCCCUGCGCGAGGGCGAGAGCAUCACCCUGACGUGCCACUUCGCCGGGCAGCCGAGGCCGGAGGUGGAGUGGCAAGUGCCGGAAGUUGGGACCGCCCCGCCCCUCGUCUCUCAGUCAGACUCAGAGCUGGUGCUGUGGAUCCAGAAUGCCUCUUCUGGUUUCAACCUCAGGAACAUCACGUGCCAAGCAGAGAACGAAGCAGGAUUUGGCCAGGACGCGGUGCAACUGGAUGUGAGGUUUCCCGCUGUGAUCAAGUACGUGGACCAGGCCGUCAACUACCACCUCUGGUGCAUCCCCUUCUCUGUGGACGGCAACCCUCCCCCGCAGGUCUCCUGGCAGUUUGACGGCAGGAGCCUGAACGAGACGGACUACGUCCGCACCACCCUGAUCCCGGACCCGUAUCGGAACUCCACAGUGGUGCACGGCUGCCUGAGCCUCAACCGGCCAACCCACAUCUGGAACGGAAACUACACGCUGAUUGUGCGCAACCCUCUGGGCACCGAUUCCUUGACCAUCUAUCAGCACUUCAUGGAUGUUCCGGAGAGCUUCAACCCGGAGGACCCCAUUAUGGUGUCGCUGCCCCCGACCAGUGACAGGAACAGCACGCUGGCAGGGCCCGUGGAGACUCCGGAGGAGCACACCUUUGGGGUCUCCGUGGCGGUGGUUCUGGCCGUCUGCGCCUGCAUCUUCCUCUCCAUCAUGCUCAUCGUGCUCAACAAGUGUGGCCAGCACUCCAAGUUCGGCGUGAACCGGUCGGCUGUGCUGGCGCAGGAGGAUGAGCUGGCCAUGUCUCUGCAGUUCAUGAACUUGGGCACCAGCCCCCUCACCUCCGCAGAGAGCAAACUGGAUGCCCUCAAGACCAACUUCAUAGAGAACCCACAAUACUUCUGCAGUACGUGCGUUCGCCACAUCAAGCGCCGAGACAUCGUCCUGAAAUGGGAGCUGGGGGAAGGGGCCUUUGGGAAAGUCUUCCUAGCCGAGUGCCACAACCUGAGCCCUGCACAGGAGAAGAUGCUGGUGGCCGUCAAGGCCCUGAAGGAAGCCACGGAGAGUGCCCGGCUGGACUUCCAGAGGGAGGCCGAGUUGCUGACGGUGCUGCAGCACGAGCACAUUGUCAAGUUCUACGGCGUCUGCACAGAAGGGGAGCCGCUCAUCAUGGUCUUUGAGUACAUGAAGCACGGAGACCUCAACCGCUUCCUCAGGUCCCACGGGCCGGACGCAAAGAUCCUGGACAGCAGCGGGAGCGGCCAGUCCUUUGGGCCACUGACCCUCAGCCAGAUGCUGCAGAUCGCCACGCAGGUGGCCUCCGGGAUGGUGUACCUGGCCUCCCUGCACUUCGUCCACCGCGACCUGGCCACCCGCAACUGCCUGGUCGGCCGCAGCCUGGUGGUGAAGAUUGGGGACUUCGGCAUGUCCCGCGACAUCUACAGCACCGACUACUACCGGGUGGGGGGCCGGACCAUGCUGCCCAUCCGCUGGAUGCCCCCGGAAAGCAUCCUCUACCGGAAGUUCACCACAGAGAGUGACAUCUGGAGCUUUGGGGUGGUGCUGUGGGAGAUUUUCACCUACGGGAAGCAGCCAUGGUACCAGCUCUCCAACACUGAGGCCAUUGAAUGCAUCACCCAGGGCCGAGAGCUGGAGAGGCCCCGGACCUGUCCCUCGGAGGUCUAUGACAUCAUGCAGAGCUGUUGGCAGAGAGAACCGCAGCAGAGGCAGACGAUGAAGAACAUCCACAGCAGGCUGCAAGCCCUGGCCAAGGCCCCUCCGGUCUACUUGGACAUCCUCAGCUGA